AUGAGUCCCUCCAAUAUCCCUGCAAACAUUCCAGAAGCCAAUCACAUAGCAGAUACCUUAGCCCAGGAGUGGAGAGAGGCAGAAUCAGCCCUUAGAAUGUCAAAGGAACACAUUACAAGAUUGAAAGGAACAAUCCCCAACUUCAACAUUGGAGAGAGAGUCUGGUUAGAUGCAAAAAACAUUCAGAUCUGCUCUAAUUCAAACAAACUAGACCCCAAAUGGAUAGGACCUUUCAGGAUCAGUGAAAAAAUUUCCAGCCACAUGUACCAACUCAAUCUACUGGAUUCCCUCAAAAUCCACAACAUUUUCUAUGUAGGAUUACUGUCCAAACUGCACAAAUCCCCAAGUCAGCCACUUCCAGACCGCCCCCCUCCUGAAACAAUAGAAGGGGAAGAAGAAUACAAAGUAGAGCAAAUCUUAGACUCAAAAAGACAGCAUGGAAAAUGGUUCUAUUUGAUCAAAUGGAAGGGAUAUUGA